AUGCUCACCAGUUGCAGUUGUCUUGGGCGACCACAAACGGACGUCCCAUCGCGCAUACUCGGUCUCUUCGUCACCUACUCAAAAUCGCAUAUGCUCGUCUAUUGCACAGUCGCAGAGCACUUGGCGCGUGUGGGGCACAAUGUCACGGUAAUUGGCAUCAUAGAAAACGUUUAUCCAAAUGCCAACUACAAGUAUCUGCACCUCCAACUACCAAAAGGCGACCGACUAGAUAAUAACGCACUGCGGCGUGUCAUCAACCGCCGACACUCGUUCAUACAGAGUUUAAUUGUAACGACACGUGAAUAUAUGCGCAUGGCGAACGCGUCUUUGUGGCAGCCAGAGAUGCGUGAGUAUCUACGUGACCGCCAGGCGGGCGCAUAUGAUCUCUUGCUUUUCGGUUAUGUGAUGAACGAGUUCCAAAUGGGCUUGGCCGCGCAUUUCCAAUGUCCGAUUGUCGUAUUGUGGGUUGUGCAGCCGGCUUUGCAGGUCAAUCGUUUUGUGGGUAAUUCCGUGGAGCCGAACUACGUGCCCACUUUGACGAGUCGUCUGCAGCAGCCGUUGAAUUUUAUGGGCAGGCUGAAGAACUAUAUUAACGCCUUGCUGGAGGAGCUCUUGGUUCUGUAUUUGGAUUAUUGUGCGGGGCAGUUAUAUAUGUAA